CCAAACAAACCUUUCGAAAUGUUAAGUUUCUUUAUCAAACAAAAUUAUUAGUAUAGCCUAUCAAAACAACAAACAAAUAAAGGAAGUAGUAUCAUUUAUCUUUUGUCAAAAAAUAAACAAAUAGGAAGUAAAAAUAUUCAACGACAUGGGAUGAUAUUUUUUUGCUAAUGACCUAAUUUAUCUCGUUAACGGCAGUGAGAUUUGUUUUUGUAAACGGCGGUGAGAUUUGUUUUUGUCACAAACAAAUACAUCAAUUUUAAUGACAACAAUUAAAAAAGGUAAAUAAUUUAGCCGUCUUCAGCAAUAAGGAAACUUUAUAAAUACCCAUAUCUUCCGUCAACAAAUUAUAGAAACAACAACAAACGAAAAAAGGAAAUUAAGUACUUGCAGAACACUCUACCACAAUUUUCGAUCCUACAAAUAUUUAUCUCAAUUCACUUUCUUCCUUCAGUUCCAUCUUUAUCUCUUUUAUUUGUUUUCUUUUGGUUCUCUCUGUGACUGUGUUAGCGUCAUGAACACGGAAGACGCAAAGACGGAGAGUCCAACAGUCUCAAGCGGUUGUUUCUUGCCUCUCAAGAAACGCAUGAAACUUCAUAACAACCCACCAAACAAUGCCCUAGAGGUUGUGGUUUCAGGCAGUGCGAAGUACAAGGGAGUGGUUCAACUACCAAACGGUCACUGGGGCGCUCAGAUAUACACAGACCACAAAAGGAUUUGGCUCGGCACUUUCAGAUCCGCUGCUGUAGCCGCCGCGGCGUACGAUAGCGCAUCCAUCAAGAUCCGAAGCUACGACGCUAACAUGCACCGGAACUUCCCUUGGAGUGAGUACACCGUCCACGAACCGGCCUUUCAGAACGAACACACGACCGAAGCUGUGUUGAGCAUGAUCAAAGACGGUACUUACCAACGCAAAUAUAGAGAGUUUCUCAAGAAAGUCCAGUCCAAGAUUGUCGGGGGAUACAACAUGGUUGGGUCAAAACAAGAUCAAGAAUCAAAGAAGGGUUUCUCGUGCACGGAGCUGUUUAGGAAGGAACUGACGCCUAGCGAUGUUGGGAAGCUCAACAGGCUUGUGAUACCUAAGAAGUAUGCGGUGAGGUAUUUGCCUUUGUUAAGAGAUGAUCAAAAGGAGAGAGAAGAGGGUGAAAUAGUAGAAGACGUUGAGGUUGUGUUUUAUGACAGGGGAAUGAGACAGUGGAAGUUUAGGUAUUGUUAUUGGAGAAGUAGCCAGAGCUUUGUCUUCACCAGCGGAUGGAAUGGUUUCGUCAAGGAGAAGAGCCUCAAGGAGAAAGAUGCGAUAGUCUUUUACACUUGUGAUGUUCCGACGUUAGAAGGUCAACGCAAAAAGUUCUUGAUGAUCGAUGUUCAUUGCUCUUCAGAUGAAGGUUCUGCUGUGUGUGAUGAGGAAGUAAACGAGACUGGAGGAGUAAAAACAGAGAACUUCUCUAACUCGAAGUUGGAAGAAGAAGAAGAAACCAAAUCAGUGGAGAACAAAGGUGGGUUUAUGCUGUUUGGUGUUAGGAUUCAAUAGCUACUUUGUUCUUAGGGAACCUUUUAUUCUAUAACUAAACUAGAGUUUUUUUUGUUUGUUUAGAUGUCACAUUGUACUUUCUUGAACUUCAAUACUUAAUGAUUGGUAAUAAAACUCUAUUAGUCAGAUCAUCUUAUCAUUGGUUUCUUAAUAUAUAUAUGAAUAAAAGUGUAAGAUACGAAGUUUGAUACCAGUAUCUUGGGAGGUUAAGCUCCAACGAUGCCAAAUUGCAAAUUGGAAUACACUGCAAAUAGAUCAAAAAAUUAAAGGAAAUCAAAACAACAUCAGAUGAAAUAGUGAAAAUAGUUUCAUAAUUCAUUGUGGUUUGUGGAUUUUUUUAAGCCGCAUAAAACAAAAAAAAAAAAAUAAAUGGAAACGGAUAAAUUUUUUAAAUAUAAAAUUGAAAUUUAUGAAUUAUUUUCUUAUAAGAAAAAAAAAAGUUCACAGUUUACAUUCGGUAAAAAAUUAUUGACUGGUCAAGAAACUGUAAAAUUUAUUGUUUUGUUUAUUUAUUUAUUUAUUCUUAAAUUUUUGAAUGGUGGAAUUGAAUAGCUUAACGUCUUGUUUUGUUUUAUUCUUAAAAUUUUAAACUGCAAAAUUUUGAAGAAGGAAAAAAAUGUUAUAAAUUUAGUAAAACAAAAUCACAAAUAAAGAGAUAUAUCAUGUAAGAGUUUUUUUUUACCAUCAACCAUCUGAA